AUCACGUAACUAUAUUUUGGUCUGUCUGAUGAUGUAAUUUUUAAAUCUUAAAUUGUUUUGAUGUUUUGAUCAGUUACUUUGUUCGUCAGUCGACUUUUUACCAGUUAGUUUUUUACUCUCACUUGCGUGAUUUCUUUUUACUUUUGAUUGAUUAAAGAUAUGUUGAAGUAGUGCUGCUCUUACUUGAGUGCAGUUUCUGGGUACUCUGCCCACUUCAUCAUAUUCAGACAGGUUCAAACUAAUUUUCCUGAUCCUUUUUAAUGUAAUCGUACAGCAUUAUUUUGUUAAAAGUGGAAAAAUUGAAAGAAAAGCCCUCAAACCUUUAGAAAACAACUCAGGCGGUGACCACUAGGAGUCCCUUUUUCUCUCUUUAAAAAACACCUUCUAAGUUUUCUCUGCUGUUUCACCAGAUGCAUCUAAAAGACACUCAAACCUAAAAAAAAAAAAAAAAAAAAAAAAAAGUCCCCACAGUUGGUUUUGAGCCGUUAGAUCAAUAAACCCUCCUGUCACGUCUGAAGAGCACACACUUCAAGGAAUCGCUGCUUUCUAGUGAGGUAAGAUUUGAUUUAAACCUAAAUUUACAUUUAAGUGCAUUAAUAUCUAAAAUAUAAAACAGUAAAACAUAAAUGUUGAAACCUGCUUGCUUGUUUCUUUUAUACUUUUUGUCCAACAUGAGUCACAAAUAGUGUGUUAUGGGGUUGUAAAAGAAGGACCAUGUUUGAAUUUAAAUGUUUUUCUGUGUUUUGCUGCAGCUGACGAUGCUAGCAGCGCUAACUCUGGCCUCUCUGGGCCUCUUGGCGCGGGCGUCGGACCUCUGCCCGCCCGCCUGCCGCUGCUUCGACAACCUGACCACGGCUGACUGCCGGGACAAAGGCCUGACCCAGAUACCGCCGCUACCGGCCGGAACGCUGAAGCUCUUCAUCUUGAACAACAAGAUCGAGGAAAUACCCGAGAACGGGCUGAAUGAGCUGCAGGUCCUGGACCUGACCCAGAACCAGCUAAGUGCCUCCCUGAACCCGGUUUGGCCCGCUAUGACCAACCUGACCAAGCUGCUGCUGCGCGACAACGACCUGGCGUCUCUGCAUCCGGCCCAGUUCCUGAACUGCCCCGCCCUCGUCUUCUUGGACCUGAGUAAGAACCACAUCAAGCAUCUCACGCCGGAGUUCCUCUAUGGCUUGGCCAAUCUGAAGACGCUGCUCCUGAGCCACAACCAGAUCGAAACGCUGCAGGCGGAGGUUCUGGACAACGUCGUCGGCCUCACAGAACUCCACCUGGACUUCAACAGGUUGAGGGAAAUAGAGAGCGGCGUCUUCAGGAGCUCCGCCAUGUUGAGGAAGUUAGAUUUGUCCAACAACCGGAUAGUAAAAGUGGAGGAUGGGAGUUUCAGAGGAGCGGCUGGUUUGAAACAUCUGGAUCUGAGUGGAAACCAGCUGGUCACCAUUCCAGCCGAUUCCUUCUCCUCUCUGACUGAACUGGAUCAUCUCUAUUUGACGAGCAACAACCUGACGGAUCUGUCGGACAGAUCGCUGUCUGGCCUGAACAACCUGACUGAUCUGGAUCUGAGUCGGAACCAGCUCGCCUCUCUCCCAAACGAAGUCUUCAAAGACCUGGCCAAGCUCAGGUUUCUGGAUCUCUACAGGAACCGACUGACAGAACUCCCGCCGGAUGUUUUCAGGAGUUUGAACAAUCUGUCGGAUCUGCAGCUGGACGGAAACCAGAUCUCAACGCUGCCGCUGGAGGUUUUCGCCGCAUUGCACAAACUUCAAGACCUGCUGCUGUCUCAAAACCACAUCCUGGAGCUCCACCCUGCUCUGUUCGCCAACAUGCCGUCUCUGCAGAACCUUCAGCUGGCCCACAACGCCCUGACGCUGCUACCAGAGGGCCUUUUCCACAAGCUCCAGGCGCUCAAAGAGCUUCACCUGCAAUACAACCGCAUCGCUUUCCUCCACCAGUCAGUCUUUGACGGUUUAUCAAAAGUAACCAGAGUGAAUCUCUCCAACAACCGUAUUUCAUCUCUACACUCAGACCAGUUCAGGGAGCUUUCCAGGUUAAAAGACUUGAAACUGGACAGAAACCAGUUGGUUAAGCUUCCCUCAAAUCUUUUCACUGCUCUUGGGAAACUUGUGACGUUGGAUCUGGGCCACAAUAAUCUCUCGGAGUUGUCCUCAGACACUUUCAAAGGGUUGAUCCACCUUAAGAACCUGAUUCUGAGCUUCAACUCGCUCCACAGCGUCCACUACAACGCCUUCCAGGAUCUGGGCAGCCUCCACACACUGCUCCUGCAGAACAACAGCUUGGAGAGUUUAACCCCCGAGCUCUUCCACCCGCUGCCAAAGCUCAGGGAGCUGAACCUGGACGGAAACAAGCUGGGUCGCCUCAAUCCUCGUCUCUUUCAGAGGCUUAAAGACCUCCAGGAGCUGAGCCUGAAGUCCAACCGGCUCCUGUCUUUAGAGACCAAGACUCUGAAGCCUCUAAAGAAGCUUUCACUCAUCUACCUCUCUGAUAAUAUGUGGAACUGUACAAGCGUUGAUAUUUUCUACUUGUGCAACUGGGUUAAGGUAAAUACAGAAAAACUAAACGAUAAGCCGGUCUGCUACUUCCGGUCCGAAUCGAAGUCGCCCCUCUUCUUACUGGAUCACUGCGCUGCCGCUGCGCGCUGCCCGCCUUCGUUUCCUCUACAACUGCUGAGCGUCCUGACGCCUUCUCUCAUCGCUGUAGCCCACAGCUUCCUCUGAAGUGGUUCGCACUUCCUGUACGUCCUCUGCCUUUAUUCGUCUGCACUCCAAGAUCAAACGGCGCAGGCAAGAAGAUCUGAGCAAAUCCAACUAAAACUCAAAGAACGCAACGGCUAAAGCCUCCGUCACAUUCAAAGGGCUUUAUAUGAUGGACCAACUCAAAGAGGCGCACAUUAGGGCUUCUGUAGGUAGAAAAAAAGGAGGAGGAAAUCUAAGAAAUUUUCUAGAAAAAAAAAAAAUCUCAGUUAAAAGGUUGCACAUUUGGGGCGUGCCGCGGUGGCGUAGGGGACAGCGCGACGCAUGUUUGGAGGCCUUGAGUCGCCGUUGCGGGUUCGACUCCCUGACCCGGCGAUGUUUGCCGCAUGUCUUCCCCCGUUUCCUGUCAGCCUACUGUCAUAUAAGGGGCACUAGAGCCCACAAAAGACCCCCUGGAGGGGUAAAAAAAAUUAAAAAAUUGCACAUUUGCCAGAUAAAGUUCUGAAUUUUUUAGAUUAAACUUCAAAAGUUUAAUCUCUCCGCAAGUUUGCUAAAAAAAAAAGAAAAACUUAAAUUUUCUAGAAAAUUCAAAGAAAAUUGCUUAAAAAAAACAAACAGAAAUUCAGAUGAAUCUAAACUUUGAUGUUUUUUUAUAGAUAACUUCUGAGAUUAAGUUCCUUGAUUUUCUUGGCAAAUUUCUGAGUCUUUUCCAAGCAAACUUGUCACUUUUCCAAAAGUGACAGAAAUGUCAUUUCUAGAGAAUUCUGAAAUUAAUCUAAAAAUGUUUGUUUUUUUUCUAGCAAUUGUUUGACUGUACAAUCUCAGAAAUUUUCAGGGGCUUUUUGUCCUAGAAAAUUUCCAGUUGUCUAGAAAAUGACUGAGUGUUUUUGGUUCACACUUCUUGUACGUCCUUUUCCUUCGUUGUCUGAACUCCAAGAUCAAACAGCUGCACAACUUUUAGUUGGAUCUGAGCAAAUCCGACUAAAACUCAAAUGUUCCUCCAUUUGUUGUUUCUUUAAAACAUUUGUUUUUCUUCAAUCUUAUGUUCAGCAGUUGGUUUUGAUUGUUAAGGCUUUUUAUUAGCAACAUAAAAAGAUUAGUUUGUAACUAAUAAUUUGUGUACCAAAUAAACUUGAAUAAAUGAAA